AACGCAGACUCUUUUUUGGUCGAUUUCAAGGGCGAAGGUUAUCGAAGAUCACAACUAUGCCUUUGAUAGUUGAAAAUAUGGCUAGUUUGAUUGGGUCUAUGGCCGAUGAGGGAGAUACUCUGAGGCAGCUCAUAUAUCCUACAAAGAGAUCAAGAUCCAAUAAGCACAAUACAUCUCCUCGAGCAACGGGUGUUACCGAGAAGAGGAGACGGAAUGAGGUCGUUCGCUUUUUCAUGUACCGACAGAGCAGGCAGAGCCAUAGAAGGAUAGGGGAGGGACUUGAAUCCGAGACUGACAGCGAAGAAAGUCAGGAUGAUGAGGGCGAUUUGGAUGGCGAGGGUAUCGACACCAGCGGGGAUGAGAACGCGGGAGAGGAGGAAGAACAGCCCAAACCUACCACAUUCAGUAGCGGAAUACCACCUGCCGGCACCAGUCCCAUCGAGUCUGUAAAGCCAGGAAUCGACUCACCAGUAGCCUUGGUCUCCGGAACCAUUAACCCAUUACCACCUGCAAACACCAGUCCCAGCGAGACUGAAAAACCAGGAAUUGAUUCACCAAAAACCUCGGGUUCCGGAACCAUUAACCCAUCUCCUACAAACUCUGCAAAUUCGUCUCCUUCAAAGGGCGGUUUGGAUAGUAGUAAUCCUACGCAUCUCGCAGUUUUAAUGACAGGGAUAGUAGUUGUUGUCUUUUUUAUAUUCCUUGCAACCUGCGUAAUGAUAAGGCCUAAAAAGCAGCGGCAUCCCGGAGGGAUUUAUAGUCGAUAUCAAGGCCUGCGUCUAAAUCUCGGGCUUGCCUCGGGGUAUCAUAAAGCUCCCGUAAUCAAAAAUACUAGCAUGAAGACCACCGGUAAACCAUACUGGGAUGUAGAAUCAGCUUCGAAAAACCGUAUACCCCUUCUGUCAGGUCGAAACUGCACAACACUGAAGAGAAACACACUUCUAUAUUUCGGAAAGCCCUCACUGGAGCAAAGUCAAGCAUCCCUCACAUCAAGCCCAGACCUAAAUCUCUCGUGUUACGAGGCCACAAUUCCGCUUUUGGGCUCCCAAAGGUCUCCGACUUUGCUUGCAAAGGGCCAAGAAAAUGAGCACGCCCAGGAUAUUCUACCUUCGGGAUUCACAUCUAAGUUUUCACGGACGAAUGCGUCAGCAACGAACACGCACACAAGAUCAUCGGUACAUACACCGAAUGCUUUACACUAUACACCUAGAGUCGAUGAGAGCGAUGCGGUAACGGUCAAGAACCAGCAUCACGCCCAAUUGAACCCGGAUAAGCCCAAACGACCACCUAGUGAUAUGGACUUCUCAAUUUCGGAGGAUUCCCAUGUCCCAACUGGGGUUUAA